AUGGAACUAGUCAACGUUCUUCUAAAUUCACGGGGAGAAAUAGGCCCUCAAAAGUGCAAUAUUUCCAUCAUCAAUCUUGAACUAGGAGCCAUGGUAUGGUUUAGAGGCCUGAUAAAUGAGUUGAUUGAUUCUUGGGGGAAAAUCCAUAGUAUAGAACAAGGGACCAUACGGCGCACUGUCUGUGUAACCGUUUCUCGCUCCGAACUAGAACUUCGCUUUGAACUUCAAGAGUUUCUCCGAUGGAGCAGUAUGAAAAGGUUGAGAAAAUUGGAGAAGGAAGAUGAGGGAGUUCCUAGCACUGCCAUAAGAGAGAUUUCUCUUUUGAAAGAAAUGCAGCACCGGAACAUUGUUAGGUUGCAGGAUGUUGUGCAUAGCGAGAAGCGAUUGUAUCUUGUUUUUGAGUACCUUGACUUAGAUCUAAAGAAGCAUAUGGAUUCAUCUCCGGAAUUUUCCAAAGAUCAACGACAAGUAAAAAUGUUCCUCUAUCAAAUUCUCUGUGGCAUUGCUUACUGUCAUUCUCAUAGAGUUCUUCACCGAGACCUGAAACCACAAAAUUUGUUGAUCGAUCGCAGCUCUAAUGCGCUAAAGCUUGCAGAUUUUGGAUUGGCCAGAGCAUUUGGAAUUCCUGUUAGGACAUUUACACAUGAGGUGGUGACACUAUGGUACAGAGCUCCAGAAAUACUGCUUGGGUCCCGUCAUUAUUCUACCCCAGUUGAUGUUUGGUCAGUGGGAUGCAUAUUUGCAGAGAUGAUAAAUCAGCGACCACUUUUCCCUGGGGAUUCUGAGAUUGAUGAACUGUUUAAAAUAUUCAGAAUCACCGGUACACCAAAUGAAGAUACAUGGCCUGGAGUGACUUCAUUGCCUGAUUUUAAAUCAGCCUUUCCAAAGUGGCCAUCUAAGGACCUAGCAACUCUAGUCCCAAAUCUCGAGCCAUCUGGUCUUGAUCUGUUAUCUAGUAUGCUUCGCUUGGAUCCCAGCAGAAGAAUUACUGCCAGGGGCGCUCUUGAGCAUGAAUACUUCAAAGACAUUAAAUUUGUCCCCUGA